CAAAUUCCUGAUCUAAGUUUGGGCCAUGCGAGAUACGGGCCAAGAUUCUGGAAGCUGUAAAGCCCAAGGCGCAAUUUUCACAGCUUUUUCUCCCUCUCCAGCAUUUUUGGGGCUUCCAACCGGCAGCAGUAGCUCCGCCUCGACUGGAGUCUGGAGAUGUCUUCGACCAGUUCCUCCUUUAAGGUUAUCUCUAACCGAUAAUCCUGGGUUCGUCCUCAAGGUCUCGCCGUCAGAUACUGUCCGAGAUGGGAUACGAUUUCACCAUCAUGGACAGAGUGCCGACAUCGACGAGAAAGAGAUCCGGAUGGAGAAGCCGGAGGAGUUAGUGAUGGCAUUGGCUGAGGCUAAGGCUGAUGCCAUUAUAUCAAAGCUGCGUAGCAAUGGUUUUAAUGAACAGGAUGAUGGGCCAACGCUCCUGAUAACUGCUGACCAGGUUGUGGUUCAUGGUGGAAUGAUAAGAGAAAAGCCAAGCAGCCCAGAGGAAGCACACGAGUUUAUUAAAGGCUAUUCCCAGGGUCAUGCAUCAACAGUGGGGUCAGUUCUUGUUACCAAUUUAAAAACUGGGGUUAGAAAAGGAGGAUGUGAUAAAAGUGAGAUUUACUUUCACAAGAUACCAGACAAUGUGAUAGCUAACUUGAUAGAGGAGGGAGAUGUACUAUAUGUUGCUGGUGGCCUGAUGGUCGAACAUCCAUUAACUUCACCAUUUGUGGAGGCUAUAGUUGGAACGAUUGAUAGCGUCAUGGGCCUUCCAAAAGCUCUCACGAAGAAGCUCAUUGAUGAGGCCAUUGAGCAAGAAUACUGAGAAGUGUCUCUUAGCUAGUCUAAAUGAUAAUUCUCAACUCCCAAUAUGUAGUGGUCAGUACUAGUUGACUAUGUAGACUAGAGCAACACUGAGACAGCUUUGUACGGCAUAACAAGGAAUGUGAUUUCUGAAUUGAAGCCUGAUCCAACUUGUUAUGACCAUAACAAUUCAUGUUUUUUAUUGAUAACUGCUAGUAUGAGUAUAUUAGCUGCUCCUUCAUCAGUUGUAUGAUACAGUUGCCAUGCCACAGCUUGUGCCACUUGAUAUCAAAAUGGUUUAAUAUUUGACCUCAA